AGUAAUAUUUAGAUGGCUGUUGAGAGAUGAUGUGAGAAUGGAGCCGCCCCCGUCCUACCUCCAGAACUAUCACCUGUCCUCCCUCCUGACGGGAGGCGUGGAGGACCCGCCUUCCCUGCGGAACGACGUGCGGCGACAAUGGGCCGGCUGUGUGUCCUUCAUGGGCGUACUGCUCCUCACCGGCGGAAUAUUCGUACUCAAGGAGAAUUUCUCCGCCGUGGGAGGGAAAACAAUGAUAGCUAUAGGCUUGUUAGCCAUACUGGGCGCCACGGGAGUCAACUGUUGUCUGAGUAUGGCCCAGUGGAAGGGGGAAGAAGACGGGAGAGGGCGGGAGAUGGGGCAGGGUCAGCUGACCACGGCCUCCUCAGCAUCAUUAGCGCCAGCAUCCUCCAGAGCCGAGAGGACGGGAUCGUCUCAACAGUGUUUGUCAGGAACCGACCUUGCUGGACAACCGGCUGUCCCCUUGUUUCUCACUGAUGACGAGCCUCCCGAAUAUGACGGCAGACCAGGAGGGCCGCCGCCAAAAUAUCCCGGAAGAGAAGACGACCAUGAUCAGGCAGAAUCCUUCAGUAACUUUACUGUCCCGCCAGACGACCUCCCGCCACCGCCAUCUUAUGAGGACGUCGUCAGAGCCACACAAGCCAGACAGACCAGUUUAUAACCUUAGUGCAAUCACAAAUCUUUACCAAAAAUUUUAAACGUGUUUUGAAAAAUGUUUUAUGUGUACAAUAGCUUUACACAGUCAAUGUCGUGUCAUGGACUGUACCAUGAUGUAUGUGGGGAGGGGAGAUGUGGUCGUUGUUUCAUACAAAGGAUUACGCCCCAAUCCCACGAAUUAUUAUGACUUGCUUCUUUUUGUGGAUAUACGAAUGAACAAAAAUCGCUGUUGCCACAAUUUGUAUUGUUGCACCCCAUCCGCAUCCGCACAUCUUUGAAUGUCCUUCGGAUUCAGUGCACUGAUUGCUGA